CCCUCCCUCUAUACCUCAUGGAUACAUACAUACAUAUACUCCUACACAGACAGAGAGGUCACUACAACUACAAGCAUACAUAUAAACACGGUGGCCAAUUACCUUUGGUGGCAAGCCAAAAUUCAAGGCAGCAGCGGCAGGAGAUAUCGGCGUCUACCUACCUCCACGCCUCGAUCUCGAUCGCUAGCUGGAAGCGAUGGAGUUCACCGCCGGCGGCCUGACCCGGCCGGGCGGCGGAGAGGAGCGGACGACGGAGCAGGCGGCGGCGGUGGAGAAGGAGCACAUGUUCGACAAGGUGGUGACGCCGAGCGACGUGGGGAAGCUGAACCGGCUGGUGAUCCCGAAGCAGCACGCGGAGAAGUACUUCCCCCUGGACGCGGCGGCCAACGAGAAGGGCCUGCUGCUCAGCUUCGAGGACCGCACGGGGAAGCCGUGGCGCUUCCGCUACUCCUACUGGAACAGCAGCCAGAGCUACGUGAUGACCAAGGGGUGGAGCCGCUUCGUCAAGGAGAAGCGCCUCGACGCCGGGGACACCGUCUCCUUCGGCCGCGGCGUCGGGGAGGCGGCGAGGGGCAGGCUCUUCAUCGACUGGCGCCGCCGACCCGAUCCGCCCGUGCAGUACCACCGCCUCCCGCUCCCCUCCAUCCCCUACGCGCCGUGGGCGGCGCACGCCGCCGUCGGUGCCAGGACGACGGUGCUCCACCUGCCACCCUCGCCCUCCUCGUUCUACGACUACGACUCCCACCGCCGCUACGCCGGGUACGACGCCUACGGGGCCGGUGGCAGGCAGCUGCUCUUCUACCGGCCGCACCACCAGCAGCAUCCGCAGGCCACGAUGGUGCUGGACUCCGUGCCGGUGCGGAUACCGACGACGCCAAGCCAGCACGCGGAGCCGCCGCCGCCCGUGGCGUCAUCGGCCUCGAAGCGGGUGCGGCUGUUCGGUGUGAACCUCGACUGCGCCGCAGGCCCCGAGGAGGAGAGCGGCGGCGGGAGGGCGGCGCCGCCGACGCAGACGACCAUGCCGCUGCAGCUGCCGUCGCCGCCCUCAUCGUCGUCCUCCUCCUCCGGGAAAGCGAGGUGCUCCUUGAAUCUUGACUUGUGAAGGCGGGAGGUCGUGGUCGUACGUACGAUACGAUCUACUGCUACAGCAGCUACCACUUCCCGGCCACCGCUCAAGGCCCAAAUGGUCGUCGUGGAGAGGAUCGAGCGAGAUCCAAGUAAACAAAGGCGGCGGCGGCCGGUGCAAAGGAAUUGCCAGCAGCAAUCUUCUUCGUAACCCGUAUAUAGCUCAUCUCUCUCUCAAUUUCCUUUAGCAAUUUCAGGGCGAGGGGAAACAAGAAAAAAUUCAGAAAAAAGCAGCAACAGAAAAUUAUUUCUUGGUGGUUAAUUUCUUGCUUCUCGAUUCGCUUUGAUUUGAUCUCCUCGAUCGUGUGCUUAAUUAUAAUUGUGUUAUCUCCGGCUGCUCGAUCUGAUCUUCUUUGCCUGCUGGAGACUAAUAAUUAGAGAGGAGGGGAGUCAAUUUCUUGCAUUUCUGAAA